AACGCGAGCGGCUGCGUUGCCAAGCAAAAAAGACGUACUGGCAAUAACUAAAAAGAACAGAAUACACAAAAACAUAAAUAUAAGUAUUGAAACUAAUCAGCUAAAAUGCUGCGUCACAUAGCAAACUCAAAAACUAAAGUCCCCAAUCAGCUGUUGGCACGCCCAAAACGCGCUUAUCACAGCAAGCUGGGCGUCUGGGGCUAUCGACCGGCUGCGAAGCGUGUUUUCGAAGUGCCCGAGGAGGUGAGACAGGCGAGGAAUGCACAAAGCAAUGUCUAUCGCUGGGUUGAGGCCUUUCGCCAGCACGGACACAAAUUGGCCAGCGUAAAUCCCAUCAGCAUCAAAGUGCCCAACAACCAAAGCGAGCUGCAGGAAUUAAGCCCCGCAUUUUAUGGACUGCAGACGCAGCAAGCGGUGCGCACCGCUGGCCUCUUAAGUGCUCCAGAUAGCGACGCCGCCGAAAAUGUUACCCAGCUAGAGCAACUGCUACGCGACAUUUACUGUGGCAAAGCGGUCAGCGCCGAGUUCGCCUACAUUGAGAAUUUGGAGGAGCGUGAGUGGUUGGCCAACAAUUUCGAGUCGCUUAAAGCGCGCGAGCUGCAGCCAGCGGAGCGCUGCGAAAUCGCCGAACUGCUAAUUAAGUCGCAGGCAUGGGAUAAUUUUAUGGCGCUCAAAUUUCCCACCGUCAAACGCUAUUCUGGCGAGGGUGCCGAAUCCAUGUUGGCCUUCUUCUGGCAGCUGCUGCGCGACAGCGUUCACGCGCAUGUUGAGCAUGUGGUGCUUGCCAUGCCACAUCGAGGACGCACACCGUUGCAGGCGGUUCUAUUCAAUAUGCGGCCAGCGAAAGUUUUUCGCAAGCUAAGCGGAGCAUCAGAGUUUGCCGAAGACAUUGAAGCCAUGUCGGACGUCAUAAGUCACUUCCAUGUUUCCGAGCAACUGCAAGUGCUGGACAAGACCAUCAACUUUAGCAUGGUGCGCAACCCUUCACAUUUAGAGGCAGCUAAUCCCGUGGCCAUGGGCAAGGCGCGUUCCAAGCAGCAGAGCCGUGGCGAUGGCGCCUUUAACAGCGCUGACUGUCCACAGCCCUUUGGCCAGCAUGUGCUCAAUGUUAUACUGCACGGAGAUGCCGCUUUUGCCGGACAGGGCAUCAAUCAGGAAUGCCUCAACAUGGCCUAUGUGCCACACUUUGAUGUCGGCGGCAGUUUGCAUUUAAUAGUCAACAAUCAAGUGGGCUUUACCACACCUGGCGAGCGUGGACGUUCCACGGAUUAUGCAUCUGACCUGGCCAAAAGCAUUCAGGCGCCUGUGUUCCAUGUGAAUGGCGAUGAUCCUGAAGCACUGGCGCAAGUCACCAGCUUGGCUUUUCGCUAUCAACGCGAAUUUCGCAAGGAUAUUUUUAUCGAUCUCAACUGCUAUCGCCGCUGGGGGCACAACGAGCUGGAUGACCCCACGUUUACCAAUCCGCUGGUAUAUAAACUAGUGCAUUCGCGCCAAUCCGUGCCAGAUCUAUAUGCUACACAACUGGCGAAACAGGGAGUCUUUAGCGAGCAGCAGGCGCAGCAAGUGCGUGAAAAUUAUAUGAACCAUCUGACUGAGGAACUGGCGUUGGCGGCUACCUAUACGCCAGCGCCUUCCUACUUUGAGCAACAAUGGGCUGGCUUUAAGCUAGCGCCAGCUAACGAGUUGACCUAUUGGGAUACUGGCUUGGAUUACAGUCUGCUGCACUGGAUUGGCCAACAGAGUGUUACGUAUCCCGAAAGUUUUAACAUACAUCCGCAUCUAUUCAAAACUCACGUGCAAGCGCGCCUUAAGAAACUGCAAACUGGCACCAAAAUUGACUGGGCUACUGCCGAGGCUUUGGCUGUUGGCAGCCUGAUGUAUCAGGGACAUAAUGUGCGCAUAAGCGGUGAAGAUGUGGGUCGUGGCACCUUCUCGCAUCGUCAUGCCAUGCUGGUGGAUCAAGAGACCAAUGAGAUGUAUGUGCCGCUCAACAAUCUGGAGGGCGGUCUAGGUGGCAAAUUGGAACUGGCGCACAGCAUAUUGUCCGAGGAGGCGGUGCUGGGCUUCGAGUACGGCAUGGCCAUAGAUAAUCCACAAAAUCUCAUCAUCUGGGAGGCGCAAUUCGGUGACUUUGCCAAUGGCGCUCAAAUCAUAAUCGAUGCAUUUAUAGUUUCUGGCGAGACCAAAUGGAUGGAGUCCAAUGCGCUGGUUAUGCUGCUGCCGCAUGGUUACGAUGGUGCCGCUUCGGAACACAGCUCCUGUCGCAUUGAGCGCUUCUUGCAGCUCUGCGACUCUAAGGAGACCACACCCGAUGGCGAUGGCGUCAAUGUGCAUGUGGUUAAUCCCACAACACCAGCGCAGUACUAUCAUGUGCUGCGUCGUCAGCUGGCUAGAAACUUCCGCAAGCCACUGGUCAUAGUGGCUCCCAAAACUCUGCUACGUUUAUCACAAGCUACUUCCACGCAUGAGGACUUCCAGCCAGGCAGCAUGUUCCACAAUGUGCUGGGCGAUACCACGGUGCAGCCGGAACAGGUGCGCAAGGUUAUCAUUUGUAGUGGCAAGCACUAUUACAAUCUUUUAGAUGAGCGCGAGAAGCGUCAGGCGAUGGACACAGCUAUUGUGCGCCUGGAAUCGCUUUGCCCCUUCCCCGUGGGCGAGUUGCAGGCUCAGAUAGCUCAAUAUGGCAAUGUUCAGAAUUACGUCUGGAGUCAAGAGGAACAUCGUAACAUGGGCGCUUGGAGUUUCGUGCGACCACGGUUUGAAAAUUUAAUUGGCAAAAAACUCUAUUAUUGCGGUCGCUGUGAGGCGCCCACGCCCGCUACUGGCAUUGGCAAAGUGCAUAAACGUGAAGUUGAUGAGAUUCUUGCUGCUCCAUUUGAGCUUUAGUGCGGCUUGGCUACAGCUUCGACUUGCCGCAUGCAUUACAUAGUACUUUAGCCCAAUAAAACUGCCAAAAAGAAAAAAGUUGUAAAUAAAACUGGCACACACAAGAACCACAUUAUAGGCGUCCAAAACAACAAGAAAAAAAAGUGGAAUCUGCCAUUACAUAAUAAUUUAUCAUAUAAAAAAAAACUGGCGGCA